UUGGCCACGCUGGCCCUGGCGCUGCAAGCCCCGCUCGCCACGCAGCUGCUCUGGGACCGGCUGGGCGCCCGCAACGCCUCCCGCCCCGGCCCCGGCCCGGCAGGGGAGCCCCGCGGCGGCGGCUGCCCCAACCACACCGGCUCCGGCCAGCAGGUGCGUCCCGAGCUGGAGACGCUGGUGGCCCACUGGAACCUCUACCUGAACCUGGCUGGCUUCUUUGUGGGGCUCUUCUCAGUGACCCUCUUCGGCCCCUGGAGCGACAGCGUGGGACGCCGGCCGGUGUUGAUCCUGCCCGCGCUGGGCAUGGCCCUGCAGGCCGCCGUCUACCUGGUGGUCAUGUACGCCGAGCUGCCCGUGGGGUACCUGGUGGUGGGCCGGGUGCUGAGCGGCCUAUCGGGCGACUACAACCUGAUCCUCGCCGGCUGCUUCGCCUAUGUGGCCGAUGUCAGCGACCGGACGGCCCGCACGUUCCGGGUGGCCAUCCUGGAGGCCUGCCUGGGCCUGGCGGGCAUGGUGGCCAGCGUGCUGGGUGGGCAGUGGCGCAAGGCGCAGGGCUAUGUGGCGCCCUUCUGGCUGGUCUUCGCGGCCAGCCUGGCCGCCGCCCUCUACGCGGCCUUCGUCCUGCAGGAGUCGGUGCUGCAGAGGCAGCCGCGGCGCCUCCUCACGCUGCGCCAUUACGCGACGGUGUAUCGGCUGUACGCCAGCCCUGCCCAGGGCAGGGCCUGGCACCGGCUGCUCCUCUACUCGCUGGCCUUCUUCGUGGUGGUGACGGUGCACUUUGGGGCCCGGGAGAUCCUGGUGCUGUACGAGCUCGGCCCUCCGCUCUGCUGGCCCCCGGAGCUGAUCGGCUACGGCUCGGCUGCCCACUACCUGACCUACCUGAGCAGCCUGGCAGGGCUACGGUUGCUGCAGAGGUGUCUGCCAGACGCCUGGGUGGCCCAGUUGGGCCUGCUCUCCAACACACUGGGGCUGGUGACCGUGGCCCUGGCCGGGACGACGGCCCUGAUGUUCACAGGUUAUGGGCUCCUGUUCCUCUCCAUGACGGUCACUCCCGUGAUCCGCUCCAAGCUCUCCAAAUCGGUUGGCGAGACCGAGCAAGGGGCCCUCUUUGCCGCUGUGGCCUGCGUGGAGGGGCUGUGCUCCCUAGUGGCCACGGGGGUCUUCAGCUCCCUCUUCCCGGCCUGCCUGUCCUUCAUGAAGGGCUUCCCCUUCCUCUUCGGAGCUGUUCUCCUCCUCAUUCCGGCUGCCAUCAUUGGGGGCAUAGAGGUCCACGAUGGCACCGCCAGAUACCGGCGUUUCGGUGAGGCUCCCGGGCCGCCGCAGGAGGCUGAGCCAUCGCCCCAAGACGAGUGA